UCAAAAUGUUGUCCGUUUUAUUUCUUCUUAGUGUAUCAUCCAUCUCUCAAUCUGCCAUAUCGCGGUACGAAUCACGAAUCAUAAAUGGAAAAGAUGUAGCACCGGGAGAAAUACCAUAUCAAGUCUCCUUGCAGACAAAACGUUCUUCCCAUAUUUGUGGCGGAUCUAUUCUUAAUGAAUAUUACGUUAUUACUGCUGCUCAUUGCGUGGAGAAUAAGAUACCUGCAGACCUCGUAAUCAUUGCUGACACCGUAAAUUUGAACAGACCGGGCCCACAGCAUGCAAUUAAACAGAUUAUUUCUCAUGAAAAAUAUGAUCCUCAUAAUUCGUGGCUUAAUGACAUUGCAUUGCUCAAAAUGUUCUCUCCAUUUAGACCAUCACGUAACAUUGGAUUUGUAACUCUUCCUGAACAAGACGAAGCUAUUCAGGAAGGUAUUAUGGCAAGAGUCUCCGGAUUCGGAAUAACAAAAAAUGGACUUAGAUCUAAAAUCUUACAACAAGCUACUAUUUAUAUAACCAGUCAAGAAUACUGCAAGGAUAUGUACAACAAAGUCCUAUCUGAUAUCUAUGAUACUCAGAUUUGUGCUAACGAUCCAAAUAAAAGAAGAGGAGCUUGCAAAAGUGACUCGGGCGGUCCUUUGAUUGUUAAUGGAAAACUUGUCGGGAUUGUAUCAUGGGCUAAAGGUUGCGCCCUUACUGAAUAUCCGACUGUGUAUACCCGCGUAUCUUUGUACAUUGAUUGGAUUGAGAAGAAUAUCGUGUAAAUACAAUUGAUAAUCAUAUAAAACUACAAUCGCCAUUUC